UUUCUAAUUCUAAUUUAUUGAAACAUUUUAAUUUCUGUGCCCCGCAUUCCGUUCGGCUCUCUUCGCUCCGGUCCGGUUUGUCCGUGUGAGCCCUCGCCCACCGACACCGACACAGACACAGAGCCAACAGUGCCCCCUCCGUUGUGUGUGCGUUGCUGAGAAAUUGUGUGUGGAAAAAAUGUCGAAGAAUAAAAUAAACACAACCUCGGCCGCGGCGAUCGGCGCCGAAACGAAUCUAAUCGAAGUGAAAUCAAAGUUCGAUGCCGAAUUCCGACGCUGGAGCUUUAAGCGCAACGAGACGGAGCAGAGCUUCGACAAGUUUGCGGCACUUAUCGAGCAGCUGCACAAGCUGGCGAACAUACAGUUUCUUAUACUCUACAUCGAUCCGCGCGACAAUGAUCUGCUGCCCAUCAACAACGAUGACAACUUCGGGCGAGCGCUCAAGACGGCCCGACCCCUCCUGCGUGUAAUAGUGCAACGAAAAGAUGAUCUGAAUGAGUACUCCGGCUUUGGGACGAUGAAGCCGCGCAACCUUAUUGGCAGUAUACUACUCGGCCACACGCCGGUUAAGACCAAGGCGCCAUCGAUAUCAAAGCCGCACGACUUUCGCCAGGUGUCGGCCAUCAUUGAUGUGGACAUUGUGCCGGAGACGCAUCGGAGGGUGCGCCUGCUGAAGCACGGCAGCGACAAACCGCUGGGAUUCUACAUACGGGACGGAACUUCUGUACGGGUGACGUCCAGCGGCCUGGAAAAGCAGCCGGGCAUUUUCAUAUCGCGCCUGGUGCCGGGCGGACUAGCCGAGAGCACGGGCCUACUGGCCGUUAACGAUGAGGUCAUCGAGGUGAACGGCAUCGAAGUGGCUGGCAAGACUCUGGACCAGGUCACCGACAUGAUGGUGGCCAACAGCUCCAAUCUGAUCAUAACCGUCAAGCCGGCCAACCAGCGUACGCUCACGUCGACGCACCGCGGCUCCUUCUCGCGUAACAGUCAGCUCUCGAGCGGAUCCCAUCACACAAACCACACGAACACCUCCGAUGAGAUCGAGCAUGAUGAUCAGGAUGAUAUUGUCGACCUUACUGGCGUCACGCUCGACGAGAGUCCCACGGGCACCUCCUCCACCGGCAAUCACAAUAAUCAUCAGCCGCAAACGACGCAGCAGUCAUCAUCACCGCCCUCGCAUCACCAGCAGGCAGCCUCCAAUGCAUCCACGAUAAUGGCCAGCGAUGUGAAAGAUGGGGUCCUGCAUUUGUAAUCCCUCCAGCAGCAUAAGUACUCAGAGCCAGGCAGCGACAAACGAGCGGAAAGCGAAGAGCGUCAUUGGAAUGUCGAAUUAAACCCACAAACGAACCACACAUUUGAUGGAAUCAGAACUGUACAGGCCUGUGGGUAUAUCAGUGGAAGAUAGAAAACUUUCACCGAAUUCGAUGAGCUCUCGUUAAUCGAAAAUCUCUAAAGUUUCCAGUUAAUUAAAGUCAAGUUACAUGAGAGAUCCUGACAGGCCUGGCAGUCAUACAACAUAUACACAUAUAUAAAAUGUUUAUAUAUGCAGUCACACGACUUUCCCAUACAUUCCACACAAACACAAACACACAUGCACAUACACAUGUUCAUUUGCAAGUUUUUGAAUGCAGUAGUCCCUCGUUUUUAUCUUUUUUCCUUUCCAUAUUUAUAUUUAUAUGUUUAUUUGAAUUUGUAGGAUUUUUCCGUCAUGUUAUUAUUCAUAGUCCCCCCGAUGAUGUCGUAUUAGAUUAGAACGAGAUGGCAAUGGAGAUUGAGACAGAGCAGGAGGGAGCAUCAAAUGCCUAAAAGAGAGAGACGGAGAGAGAAAUUCACUUUAAAUACACCUAAAUGCCCAACGGUGAUUGUAAAAUUCUGAUAAUGUAAUAAUUAUACACUUGCACACACAUGCACGAAUAA